AUGGGAAUAUUUCUAACUUUUCUCGAUGUUUUAAUUCAUCCAAUUGUUUAUUCUUAUAAUUGUAGUUUCAUAUUUUUUAGUUUGGAAACAUUUUUUGGUGCACCAAAAAUAGUAAAAACAUUGUUAUUAUCAAGCUAUAGUGGAAUGCAUGCUUGUACAAUGAGUUUUGUUGCAAUUCAAUUUAUUUAUCGAUAUUUUAUUCUUAUUAAUAGUUCAAAAAUUUCAUGGUUUGAAAAAAAGAAACUAUAUUUAUGGAUUUUUUAUAGUUUGUCAAUUUGGAUAUUAUGGGUUACUGUAGCUAGUUUAACUCUUAUGAACGAUAAAUAUGCAAUUGAAUAUUAUAGAAAUAAAAUAUUCGCUAUUUAUAGAUCAAAUAUUGAUGAAAUAUCAUCUUAUAUUGUUGUCGCAUAUGUUAGUUUGAUUUAUCAUAUUUUAAUUUUUACCCCGAAUUUUUCAGGAAAUUGAUUCAAUGACAAACGAGAAAAAAGUUAAAAUUCCACAUUUACUUUGUAUGAUUAUUUUAUCAUCAAUUUUGGCAUCACAAUAUUUUAUAAUUGUUUUUUGCACAAUUCGAAUGAAACUGAAAAUGAAGGAAAAACUUGAAUUAUUUAGCACAAGUCAAAGAAGACUUCAAAAACAAUUAUACAAAGUUCUUGUGUUUCAGGUGAAUUGAAACUUUUUUUCAAAAAAAAAAAAAGAAUAAUUUCAGUUAAUAACUCCUUCUCUUAUAAUACAUCUUCCAUUUUUACCUCUUUUUAUAAUUCCAUUUUUGAAUAUUCAAAUCGACAUUGAAACAAGUUUUUUGAUCGCUGGAGUUAGUUCUUAUCCAUUUAUUGAUACUUUAUUUUUAUUGCUAAUGGUUUCGGAAUACAGAUAUGGUUUUCGAAGUUUGAAAUCGCCAAAUUUUAGUUUUUAUAAUUAAAUGUUAUUUUAUAGAUUUAUUUCGUUGCACUGGAGUUACCGAAACUCGAUCAUCUCAUUUAGCAUAA